CAGAUAAUAUCUCUGGGUAAGAAUGACGAAGGGUACUAGCUCCUUUGGAAAAAGGAGGAACAAGACCCACACCCUGUGCCGCAGGUGUGGAAAGAGUUCCUUCCACAUUCAAAAGAAGACCUGCGCCGGCUGUGGAUUCCCUGCCGCUAGGAUAAGGAAGUACAACUGGUCCGAGAAAGCUAAGAGGAGGAAGACCACCGGAACCGGCCGCAUGAGGCACAUGAAGGUUGUUCAGAGGAAGUUCCGCAACGGAUUCCGUGAGGGUACUGUUGCUGUCUCCCAGAAGAAGGAAUAAAAUAUAUUAUCUUUGUAAUAACGUUGAAAAUAUAUAUUUCCUUCCAAA